UGUUGGCUGUUUCCACUAUGGAGGUGAUCUACCGUUGUCCCGACGAAGCAGGCGUGACAGUACCGGGCGGAGUGCUUCUCCCGGAAUUCGCGCUUGAGAAUGCGUCGAGAUGGCCCGACAGACGCGCUUUCGUUGAUGGAGUCACUGGCCGCACGCUCACGUACGCUCAGGUGGGGGAGCUCGUGUACAACGUUGCUGCUGGCGUCGCCGAUCUUGGCAUCCGCCCCGGCGAGUCGAUCCUGCUGCUGCUCCCCAACCUGCCCGAGUACGCCGUCCUCUUCCUCGGGAUCAUCGCAGCGGGCGCGGUGGUUACCACCGCCAACCCCGCCUACAGCGCUCGAGAGCUGGCGCACCAGAUGGUGGAUUCAGAGGCACGGAUGGUCAUCACUUCCCCUGAAUUGCUAGAUAAGGUGCAUCAUGUCAAGACUGGCAAGUCCAUCGUCUUCGUUGUCUUCGACAGCAGCAGCUGCAGCACCGCCAGCAGCACCGCCAGCAGCAGCAGGGCCAACCCAUCCGAAAGCACCUCCGUCCCUCCUGGCACCAUCGGCAUCAACCGUCUGUUCCGCGCAAACGGAGCCCAGAUCAGGGCGCGGAGAAGACCACAGCAGCAGCCCCACUCUCCCACAGAACCAGCAGCAGCAGAAGCAGCAGCAUUGCAGCUGGACACGUGUGCGCUGCCCUACUCGUCCGGCACAACCGGGGUGUCCAAGGGCGUGAUGCUGUCCCACCGCAACCUCAUUGCCAACAUCCAACAGCUCCUCGCCGGCUCCAACCCGCGCCUCGACCUCUCACCCGAAGACACCGUGCUGGGCCUGCUCCCCAUGUUCCACAUCUACGCCAUCACCCUCGUCAACCUGCUCUCGCUCCGCGCCGGCGCCUGUGUUGUCACCCUCCCCAGGUUCGACCUGCUGCAGUACCUGCGCACUCUGCAGGAGUACCAGGUGUCGGUGGCGCCCAUCGUGCCGCCGAUUAUACUUGCUAUGGCGAAGCUGCCUGUGGUGGACGCGUUUGACCUCGCGGCCCUCAGGAGGGUGGUGUCAGGGGCAGCACCCCUAGGGCCGGAGCUAGAGGCUGCCUUCAGAGCCAAGUUCCCAACCGUGCAACUAGGGCAGGGCUACGGCAUGACAGAGGCCUCUCCCACUGUGUCUGCCUCACGCCUCUUUGCUCGCGUGCCUCAGCCGCCUGCCCCCGGCUCGUGUGGGUCGGUGCUGCCGCUGACGGAGGUGAAGGUGGUUGACACGAGCACGGGGGAGUCGCUGCUGCCGAAUAAGAGGGGGGAGCUCUGGGUGCGAGGGCCACAGGUCAUGACAGGCUAUCUCAACAACCCCGAAGCCACAGCGGCCACAAUUACACCAGACGGCUGGCUGCGCACAGGGGAUGUGGCGUAUGUGGAUGAGAGGGGGGAGAUAUUCGUGGUGGACAGAGUCAAGGAGCUGAUCAAAGUCAAAGGCUUCCAGGUGCCUCCUGCGGAGCUCGAGGGACUUCUGAUCUCCCAUCCUGACAUUGCCGAUGCUGCAGUUGUUCCUGCUCCAAGUGAAGAAAGCGGGGAGGUGCCAGUGGCAUUCGUUGUGUUACAGCAAGGUGGUGCACAGUUGUCAGUUGGUGAAGUCAAGGAUUUCAUCAGCAAGCAGGUGGCGACAUACAAGAGGCUACAUGAUGUGCGUUUUGUGGACGCCAUUCCCAAGACAGCUUCUGGCAAGGUAUUGCGCAAGGACCUGAAGGCACGGCUUUGAAUAUUGAUUCAUGCAUGUUGCGUAGUCUCAUGCUUUCCAUGCUGUGCUGUGAAACAACCGCGGCUGAAACUAUUAUGAGUCCUGACACUUGUUUUAGACAAUAUAGUACUUGGCAUAAGAGCAGGUUCUAUUUGGA